AGUCUAAGAGCAAUAAACUGACGCGAUAACCAAUUCCUCCUUCCUCUCUGACGCUCAUCUCUCCACAACUUCUUUUUCUCCCGGUGGAAGCGGCUCCUCCGGUCCUCCUCCACUCAGGCAACCGAUUCUAAAUUUUAAUCCGCAGCAGUGAUGGAUGGCUCAUCUCAGGCGACAGGAUCUAAUCCUGCCUCAGGGUUAGAUUUUAACAAUUUUCAAAGUAGGAUGGCAAAUGAUGAUCAGCGCUUUCUCUUGUACUUCAUUAUCGGUACCUACUUUGGGCCUGAUCUUAAAGGAGAGAGGCCAUCAAAGUCAGUGUUGCAGAGAAUAGCUGAGCGACUUCCACCAUAUACUAUUGAGCAACUAGGUGGCUCCUGCCUGAAAAUGGCAGAGGUAGAGCAGGUGUACUAUUAUGUUCUUCGGAAGGCUGACCAAUCUGCCAUUGCUAAAUUACCUUUGUUAAGCCAGUUCUUCCAUGGUAGCCUCCGUACCCAUAGAGAAGAUGCCACAGCCAAUUACCCUCAGUUUACGGAUCUCUUUCCUCUUCUCCUCCACCCCCAUUCACAGUUCAAUAACAAAGAUGAUAUCUUUGAGAACAUUGUAUUUAUUCAUAACCCAGAAAUAUAUUACAUUAAGCCAAAGGAUAUCGAACGAUUUAAGAGGCUUACUGGACUGGAGGAUUUUCUUCUGGAUAGAGAUGCUGCAAAGCUGCAUACUGUUCCUGAUGGAAGUGUUUUAUAUAAUGUGUUGGAGCAGGAGCCGAAGUCCAAUGGUGAGUCACCUCCCGCUAGUUCUUGCCAAAGUUCUAGGGGAACAAAACAUUUAGAGGAUCUCAUGGAAUUGAAGGAUCCUCUGAAACCUAUGCAUGUUGAAGCACCUAUCAGUACCGUUCCAGAUAGUGGUACUCCUAUGAUGCAUAGUUAUAUGUCCCCGCACACGAAUAAAAAAACCUCUGAGCCUGUGGAGAAACUUGAUCGUGCUAUGAUUUUUCUUCCUUCUCUUCCAACUAAAAAAGAGUUGUCCAAUAUUGUAGCUGCCACAAGAGAUGGAUUUGCAUUGACUGGGAGUGCGGCAAUGGCGAAGGUGGGACCAACGAUAGGGCUCAUUGACAUUGGAGAAUGUGAUGACUCCUACCUGUUUCGUGUAUCUCUUCCUGGAGUGAGAAGAGAUGAAAGGGAAUUCAGCUGUGAAGUUGAAAAUGAGGGCCAAGUAUUGAUAAGAGGAGUGGCGGUAACAGGCGAGAAGACAGUCCACAGGUACUCUCAGAUGUUUGAAAUGCAAACACAGAAUCUUUGCCCUUCUGGGCAGUUUUCUAUCUCGUUUCAGCUACCUGGUCCAGUUAAUCCGCAGCAAUUUUCUGGUAAUUUUGGGACGGAUGGAAUUCUGGAGGGAAUUGUGAUGAAACGAAAAGAUGUCAGUAGUAAGUAUGCGUAGCUGAAGUUUAGUGAGCCGCUGUAUAUUUGUUAGGAACACUGACAUAAGGAGUUCUGUUCUUGCCAAA